ACACACGAUUUAUUCAAAUGAAAAUGAUUUUAAAUUUUUUUAAUUGAAUUUAUACAAAAAAAAUAACUGAAAUAAUGGAUAAUUCCGAGGAAAUUAACGAUGAAAGUGAAAAGGAAAUGAAUCUCAAUACAGGUUACUACAUGAGGUCCAAACGUCGAAAAUUGGAUAAAAAUGUAGAAGAAUGCACAUCAUUUUUUAGAAAUACUGAAAAAAAGAGAAAGAAUCCAAUUAUAUACAUGCCAGUAGAAAUACUGCAAGCUAUAUUUAGAUUUGUCCCUCAUCAUGAACUAAGUCAAAGUGUUCGUCUAGUAAACCACCGGUUCAAAAUAGUAGCUGAGGAUGUCUUAAACUGCUCAUUUAGACAUCUAGAGAAAAAAAUUAAUAAUCUUAUUUUGUCAGCAGAAAUAUCUUUAGCUUUCACCCAAGACGACAUGGAGAUAAAAUGCAUUGCCAAAUUAUUAAAUAUGUUGGAAAUUUUAAAAUUGCAAUAUUCAAUCGUUGUGUCAACAAUUUGGAGGUACGUUUACAAUGAUUUUUAUAAAACCAACAAAACGUGCAUGUACGCUGGACAGUUAAUAGAUGCAUAUUUUAAUUUUAUUGACAAAUUUAUACAUUGUCCGAAUAUUUUAUAUGCCCCGGCAGUUAUUAGAGACUAUGCCUUGCCACUCGAAGUAGCCAAAAUAAUUCAAUUGACGAAAAGCUUCUGUGUACAUUUUGAUAAAAUUAGCGAGGAACCUCGAACAGAUUGUUUGAUCUGUAGCGGAUGUAAAAUAAUUGAUAUAGUGGAUUGCGCCAAAUAUAGUCAAAAGUUUGUUGUAUCAGAAGUGGCAUGUAAAAAUUACUUUGUGGCUGAAUACAGCUACGUCUUCAGGAAUUCUUGGUUUGUCGCACUUCCAGUAAAAAUGACCAAAGAAAUGGAAUGGAGUCAAAAACAAAGAAUGAUGCACAUGCGCCUUAGGAGGAUAGUACUCGCUCAUAACGAUAUGUUUCUUCAGCAAUAUCAAUACGAUAGAGAAGUUAUGCUAAGGCCUGAUCCCAUUAUUGGUAGAAUAAAAAAACCUGGCAAUAAUGUAUAUACAGGCUAUGGCGAUAUUGGAGAUACUUUUUUUUAUUAUGGAGUCAUGAACGAUGGUGCUUACGCGCAAAAAUUCAACCAAGACGAAGACAACGAAGAAGAGGAAGAACUUGACGAAAUGUUGGCCCUAGAAGAUAUCGGCGAAGACAUUGCACCGAGAAACAAUUCCAGCGAAAACGUGCUAUACAGAAUUCCCUACCUCGGCUUUAAAAUGAACGUCGAAGUAAAGUGUCCCCUAUCUUACGCGCCAUUAAAUUUUUUGAAAAAUAUGAACGACAUCGAUCUGCAAAAAUUGAGAAAUAAACACAGAACUCAAGGACCGACGCACAUCAAAGUGAUGUUUGAAUGCGAAGGGGCUUCAUAUCCACGGCUACCCACCAGAUUUGAAUACGAUUUCAAUCCGAAGAAACUGUGAUUUUUUAUUUUGAUUUUUGCUUUUUAUUCACCAUUUUUGUGAACGGUUUUAAUUUUAUAUUUCCGCAUGCAAUUUUAUCCCAUUUAAUAAUAUAUUAUUUCCGUCUGCAA